GCGUACUCGUACAUGGGCAACGAGAUAUCGUACCCGCUGAAGCCGUUCCUGGUGGAGGACAGCCGGGAUGCGUUCUGGGACCGGUGCCUGGGCAUCGUGCACACCAUGUCGGCCAAGAUGUUGCGCAUCAACGCCGAGCCCGCGUACUUCACCGAAAUCUUUACCGAGCUGAAGGCGUGCGGCACGCUCAGCAUGGUGCUGCAGACGGCGUGAUGAGCGUCGCCGCAGCCGCCUCCGCCCGCGGUAAUCGUAACACCGGCGGCGUGCAAUAACGCCGCUACUGCACGCACCGGUUGCCGCCGCGACAUCAGCAGCAUCAGCGGCCGGAGCGACAAUCAGCGGGGGCGGCGGUGGCUUCAGCCGUAGCAGCAGCAGCAGCAGCAGCAUCAACACCAGUUACCGAGUCGCUGACCGUCGACGAAGUCGGGCGACCCACGGCGGCCGCGACUCGUCGUGCGAAUUCGUCUUCCCGUCCGUCCAUCAUGUACAAGCGCGCGUCAGAUCUGAAACGGACCCGGUUCUGGCCAUGACGAGACCACUGUACGCUUUCCAUCCCCUCCUUUUCGCGCGUAAGUUCAGGUGAAACGAAAAAGCGUCUUGCCCCCGCGCAUCCGUCCUGUUCUACCGGAAGGCUUUCCGAAUCGAUAGAUCUCUCUAUCCCCGCGCGCCGUACCCGUUUUCCGAUCGUGUGUUUACAAUGCGCGAACGGAGACUUGGGUCUUUUAAUUUUUUCCUUUUUUUUUUUUAUUCUUUCUUUUCUCCUCUCCCGCCCUUCGUUAUUCACGAUCGAAACCGCGACACAAUCGUUUUUCUCAUUAUUUUUUUCUCCACGCUACGCUCGCCUCGGCCGACGCGAACCCCAUAUUUUAAGCGCACAAGGGGUGGUAGACCGGAUCGCAUGCAGCCCGCAACAGCGAGAAGAGUUUUUAUUUUUUCGUUAUUAUUUUGCAAAAGGGUCGAAUGGCGGCAUCGUGGAGGGUGCCACCGCGUAAUUUGAUUUUUUUUUUCGUCUGCGGAAGGGUCAACGAUCGUGCACAACGCCAUAUUUUAAAUAUUUUCCAGCGUACAUGUGCGCCACGGUGUAACGCGGUGUAGGUAGGUACACCGACUGUUAUUACAGAAAAUUCACAGCGACAACAGCGAUAUCCAGCUGAUAAUAAAUGAUAAUAAGCCCUACACGUGCGGAAUGGCUGUUUUGUAUCGGCCAGGUGAUAUAAUUGAAAGUUUUAAUUCGAGUUUUUUAUAUUUUUAAAACAAUCAAUUAUUUU